AUGGAUAUAUACGAUGACGAAAUAAUUUUAUCAGCUCCAAUACCUCCGUUCAUAUUAUUAUACGAUGACGAAUAUGCAGGAUAUGCAUCAAUUUCACCAGAAAACAUACACAUUUUAACUUACUUGUGGUAUCUUGGUCACGAAAGCGCAAGAUAUCGUGACAUAGUGGAUCGAUUUGAUAUUACAAUUAGUACACUGUAUGAACUUUUAACAAGGAUGCGUUCAUUGGAUAUCCCGGAUUUGUAUACGAUGCAAGGAUUUUUCAGGAAUCUCAUUUAUACGAAUAUCUUCAGGAUAUUUGUUUAAGUUAAUAAUAUUUAGAAUACUAUAUAUAAUUAUUUUA